AAACCCUUUCUCGCUCUCUCAGAUCCUCACAUCUUCAAUGGCGUCGUUUGAGCGUUUCGACGACAUGUGCGACAAUAGACUAAAGCCCAAGAUUCUCAGAAACCUUCUGUCCGACUAUGUCCCCAACGAGAAGCAGCCUCUCGUCGACUUCCAAUCACUCUCCAAGGUUGUAUCCACUAUCUCCACCCACAAGCUCUUAUCUGAGGACCAGAAGCUUCAAGCUAAGUCGAAAUCAGCCGUUGAUGAAUGGGUUGAGAGGUUUCUGGCUCUGGUUUCUUCAGACAUGCCAGAUAAAUCAUGGGUGGGUAUCGUUUUGAUGGGAGUGACUUGCCAAGAAUGCAGCUCGGACCGUUUCUUUAGUUCUUACUCUGUUUGGUUCAACAGUUUACUCUCACAUAUCAAGAAUCCUGAAAGUUCUAGAAUUAUUCGAGUGGCUUCGUGUACUUCAAUAUCUGAUCUCCUUACAAGGCUGUCUAGAUUUGCGAAUACGAAGAAAGAAGCUGUUUCACACGCUGCAAAAGUAAUCCUGCCAAUCAUUAAACUAAUGGAAGAAGAUUCUUCAGAAGCACUAUGGGAAGGCAUUGUCAAUCUGCUGAGUACAAUUGUUAUCUUGUUUCCUGCUGCCUUCCACAGUAGUUAUGACACGGUUGAAGAAGCUAUUGCCUCUAAAAUAUUUUCUGCGAAAACCAGUUCUAGUUUAUUAAAGAAACUUGCGCACUUUCUAGCAUUGCUCCCCAAAGCUAAUAAAGGAGAUACUGCUAGCUGGUCCUUGAUGAUGCAGAAGCUGUUGAUAUCUAUAAACGUUCAUUUAAAUAACUUUUUUCAAGGUCUAGAAGAAGAAACAACAGGGAAAAAAGCAAUGCAACGAUUGGCUCCUCCUGGAAGAGACGCUCCUUUGCCCUUGGGAGGUCAAAACGGGAUUUUGGAUGAUGCAGCGUGGAACUCUGAACAGUUGAUUGUAUCCAGAGUUUCUGCACUUAUGUACUGCUGCUCAGUGAUGCUAACUAGCUCCUACAAAUGCAAGCUUAACAUUCCAGUUGCCUCGUUAGUAUCCCUAGUUGAGCGAGUGCUGGCGGUGAACGGCUCUCUACCAAAAGCCAUGUCACCUUUCAUGACAGGGAUCCAACAAGAGUUGGUUUGUGCAGAGCUUCCCACUUUGCAUUCUUCGGCUCUGGAACUCUUGCGUACUACCAUUAAAAGUAUCCGCAGCCAACUUUUACCAUAUGCUGCAUCUGUGGUGAGACUUGUUAGCAGUUACUUCAAGAAAUGUUUAUUGCCAGAACUGAGGAUAAAGCUAUACACAAUCACCAAAACCUUGCUCAAAUCCAUGGGUCUAGGAAUGGCAAUGCAACUGGCAAACGAAGUUGUCUCUAAUGCCUCUGUGGAUCUAGACCCGAAAACUGUACAAGGAUCUGAUGUGGUUUCCAGCACAAACCCGAGAGCUGUUCUCAAGGCUGGCAGUAAAAAGAGAAAGCAGUCAACUAAUACAGGAGUGGAGGCAGAGAAUGCUGCUUUUGAAGUGGGAGUCCCUCACAAUCACUCAUUGAAGAUAGCAGCUCUGGAGGCCCUAGAAACUCUUCUCACAACUGGUGGUGCAUUGAGAUCGGAUAGCUGGAGAGAACGUGUCGAUAAGCUUCUAAUGAUGACAGCGGGAAAUGCUUGUGAAGGAAGAUGGGCCAAUGCUGAAACCUACCAUCAUCUACCAAAUAAGUCGACCGCAGAUCUAGUUGAGUUUCAGGUUGCAGCACUCCGAGCCUUUUUGGCAUCCCUCGUUUCUCCAUCAAGAGCACGCCCUGCAUACUUAGCUGAAGGGUUUGAGCUUUUCCAAACAGGUAAGACUGAGGGAGAGAUGAAAGUUGCUGGAUUCUGUGCUCACGCUCUCAUGUCCCUUGAAGUUGUUAUACAUCCUAGGGCCCUUCCACUCGACGGUCUCCCAUCACUUGGCGACCAGUUCCCGGAAAGCAAUUCUCUGGCCAGCCUAAAACACAACACACCUAAUCUGAAUAAUGGUGAUAAUCUAUUCAAGGAAUGGACGGCAAACGUGGAUGUUCCCUCUAACAACGAGAUUCUGAGGAAUGUUGACUCUAUUUCACCUCUCCAAGAGGCGAAAAGAUUGAAACGUGGGAACGAUUUAGCCACUGUGGAUUCUCUGAGUGGCCAAGAUCAUACAGAUAUUGUUGGAUCAGAGAAUGUUCAACAAGCUGAUGUGCGUAAGAAGGUUCCUGAAUCACCUAAGGAAUCUCUAGGACAUGUGUCAGAAAGAGAUGAUAUGGUUCCGGAAGAAGUUUAUCGACAAGUAGUGAGCGAGACUCGAGAGGGAGAGGGUUUAGCGGUUAAGGAUAGUAUCAUGGAGGAAGCAGUAGUUGUUAAGAAACGAGAGUCCUUGGAUGAAUCUGAUGAUGAUUCUAUUCCAAGUCUUAAGGCAGAUGAUUAUCUCUCUUCUGAUUCUGAUAUUGAAUCUUAAUGCCAGACAGAAGAGUUCACAAAUCAGUCUCUUUUUUUUUUUUUUCUCUUAAAGUUGAAAGUUUUGAUCAUGAUUUUCUUUACUUUUGAAGAUACUUUCGUUGAAUAGUUCCCAACUAUAUAAUUCAAAA